AUGAACAGCCACGCACGUCUGCGCAUCUAUAUAACCAAUUUCUAUCGACUACUCUACUCUUCGACUCUUCAGUUUCCGCAACACACCACUCGACCACCUCGCACUCCUACUUACCAACCUCUACAGCGAAUCACUCGACCACAUGGCGCCAGCCCUUCAUCCACCUUCGCACUAAGCUUACUACAGACCACGAUGGUAGGCAUCGGUCCCACCAAGAAGAGCCCCUCCGGCAACAAGAACGACGGCUUCGUCCAGCCUCUUUUCAUCGCCAAAAGCCAGACCAACAACGCCUACGCACAACCCGACAAGAUCUACGUGAUCCAGCAUCUCGUCGAAGAGUACAAUGGACCAGGUCCAAACUCUGACCUCGAGGGCGCGAAGACCUACCCGAUCGCCGUCGGCGCCUUCAUCGACUGUGAGUCCGCUGAGAUCUAUGCCAAGCGCUUCUCCUUCGAGCGUUGUGGCAAGAUCGGUAUCGGACAAGCGCAGUGGUACGAGUGCGGCCCGAAGGACAUUCUCAGCUAUCUGAACGAGCGUGCUGGCAAUGCAUGGAAGCUCUGCCUGAAGGAUGGCCCACACAAGGAGACUGUGUGGGUGCAGGAGGUGGCGUGGGACCAGAACAACCCGCCGUAUGGCCGGAUGAACUAG